AUGACCGACGUCCAGCAGGCCUACAAGCGAAAGCGAUCCCAAUCCCCUCCACCCUGGCGGCGGGGUGAUGACAGCAGACAGUAUCGAGAACGAGAUGCUCCCAGAGGAGGGCGAAACCAUGGCCAGCCUCAGCGAUGGUCCCACAAGGACCAAAUGAGAAUCAAUCAGAUGCAAGAAGAUGAGCGCAUGAGAGAGUGGGUUGCGCAAGAGGAUGAUUUCGUUCUCAAGCAGGCUAAGAAGAAGGCAGACAUCCGAGUCAAGGAAGGGCGAGCGAAACCCAUCGACUGGUUGGCAGUAACCCUCCGUGUGGUCGACCCUACCCGCAGUCCGUUGGAUGAUGAGGUUGAGGAGAAAGACCUGGACUUUGUGGACCCGGACAGCGUCUUUGACGGACUCUCUGAAAGCCAACUUUCCGAGCUGCGCCGGGAUAUUGAGACAUACAUGAAUCUGGAAAAAAACAGGAAGAAUAGGGACUAUUGGCAGACCAUGCAAAUCAUCUGCAAGGACCGGCAGAAGAAGCUACGUGCGUCAGGCCCGGAGGGAAGAGCAAUGAGCUCCGUGGCGUCCGACAUAGACAAGCUUUUGGGUCCCAAGUCAUACGAGCAGCUGGAGGUAUUGGAGGGACAAAUAAGAACCAAGCUGGACUCGGACGAGCCCAUAGAUACCGACUACUGGCAGCAGCUCUUGGAUAGCUUGCUUGUUUGGAAGGCAAAGGCAAAGCUCAAAAGAGUCUGUCAGGACGUUCUCGAGUCGCGCUUGAAGAAUCUGAAGCAGGAGAACGAGCAGAAAGCACUCUUGGUCCAGCAACAACUUCAGAAUGCUGGAGUCGAGCCCGCAGUCUCUCCUCAACACUCGAAGGAGGUGGAUCCAGACCCGUUGUUGGAGAUUCCGACAAAGGACAAAGGCCUGGAAGUCCAGGACGAGAAGACGUUUCUUCAAAAUGUGGCAGCAAGCAGAAGGAAAAUCGUGCAUAUGGGCUACGUGCCGGCCCCCAAAGCAGGUGCCAGUACGGCCUCGACGAUCUCGACCUCACUACAGCCUCGACCAACGGCGCAGCCAUCCAAAACCGUGGAUCCCACCAGUCGAUUUGACCGCUCGACAGAAGAUGUAUCCUCGACAACAAAAGCCCUCUUUGACCGCGAAGUCGCCAGAGGCGUCAACGAGAACGAGGAGAUUUUUGCCGGCGAGGAAGAGACGUCGUCCGAAUCCAAGCCGCUCUGGAUGCAGGAGUACGGGGGCAAAUAUCGGCCGCGCAAACCGAAAUACUUCAACCGUGUCCAGAUGGGGUACGAAUGGAACAAGUACAACCAAACCCACUACGAUCACGACAACCCUCCACCGAAAGUUGUCCAGGGUUACAAAUUUCACAUCUUCUAUCCGGAUCUGAUCGAUCCUACAAAAGCCCCCACGUAUAAGAUCAUCCGAGAAGGAGGCCGAAAGAAGGGCCAAACGAUGGCACCUGCGGGCGAAGAAGAUACCUGUAUCAUCCGGUUUAUGAGCGGGCCGCCUUAUGAGGAUAUUGCGUUCCGAAUUGUGGACCGAGACUGGGAUUAUAGCUCGAAACACGACCGAGGGUUCAAGAGCACGUUCGAAAAGGGGGUAUUGACGCUGCAUUUCACCUUUAAGCGGGUAGUGUAUCGGAAGUGA